AUGACUAAUCGUGUUGGUGUUUCUAUGCAGCUCUUGGAGGUGGUGUCGGAGCUGGAGCGCCAGGGCCUGGUCAUCCUGGUCCUGGGGAGGAAGCACAUGCAGCGGCCCUCACGCAGCUGGGACAGAAAUGACAUGAGCUUGGUCCAGCAGAAGGCCCACUGCUUCUUCACGGACAACAUGUGAGUUCAGCCCUAUAUGUCUUACAAACCAAAGCUUUCUGGUGGAUCAUUCAUAUCCAUAUUACAAGAGUACAGGUCACUCAAAGAGAAUAACUAAAGGCUGAAAGAAAAUAUAUAUUUUUGUGCAAUACAUUGGGUAAAGUACCCAAUAUGGAUUAUUUGGGUUUGUUUGGAUGUUGACACCUCUGGUUGGUUGUCAGUUCUGAGGAUGACCCUUUCCUGCUGUAUGCCACACUGCACUCUGGGAACCACUGUAACUUUGUUAGCCGGGACCUGAUGAGGGACCACAAGGCCUGCCUGCCUGACGGUGCCACCCGACGCCUCUUCUUCAAGUGGCAGAGAGGUCACCAGCUGGUGCUGAGCAGCUACACCCCGGGAAAGAGAGUACGAUUCCAGGUGAGAGUAACAGGGAAAUAGUUUGCUUAUUUAUUACACAUCAAUGCAUAAAUGCAUAGUAUAGUAUCUAUUGUCAACAUGAGGACCUAAAAGGCACAUUGAUAAACAAAUAAAUAUGGCAUGUGUAUGUUUAUUACAAUUCUUGUGUUGUUCUGUGAAUCUUUUUCCAGAGGAUAUUAACUUAUGACACCAUUGUCCAGACAAAUGGAGGCUCCUGGCACAUCCCCUAUGAUGAGAAUGGGGCAGAGAGAUGCACUUAUGAAGUUCCACAGAAGUGGCUGUGUCUCACCCGGGCAAAAUAAGGACCUGCUUAGAACUGUUUGAUCUUCACAAACCUGUAAAUACAGUGUUCAUUAAUGAAACUAUAGCAUGUGAAAAAAUAUUAAAAGACUGAAAAAAACGUUUUUUGUUCUUGGAAAAAAAUUACUUUCAGUCCUAGAAUAUGUUUUUGAAAAUGCAUUCAGUAAACCAAGAAGUGUAUGAGUAAACUACGGCCCUCUCUUCGCUUGACCCGGACAUCAACUACUGUUCCUAAACCAGUUCCGGGGUCAUUGUCUUGCAUUAUCUUUUUCCUCAGUAGUUCUGUUUUCAGUUUACAACUUUUAUACACAUUUACCAACACAAUGUCCAGAGGGUCGAGUGCAGGAUUUGACCGACAUAUUACAAUCUUCUCUCCGGAGGGCAGACUCUACCAAGUCGGUUAGUAUGGGAUAGUUCUGAAGAAAUUAAAGAAUACCAACUUGCCCAGUCAUUAUCGGUAGCCAACUAGCUAGGUAGCUAAUGUUAUCUAACCUGUUCCAUACCUAACGUUAGCUCAGUUAAAAAUAUUAAAGCUAAUUAGCUGCUUUAUAAUGUCAGUUAAUGGAUAAAGUAUGUUAAUACUGUCAGAUUUCUAACAGCUAGCUCAUUGAUUGUUUUCUAACUACUAGCAGUUAAACUAGCUAGUUAGCCAGCUGACCUAGCUAUCUGAUACAAUUCUAAUUCAUGCUUAGCUUGAAGCAGUUAGCAAGCUAACUUUAGAACUAGCUAUUCCUGUAACGUUAUUUGACAGAAGUAGACCGUUACACCAUGGCCUUAGGAGGCUAGCUUAGCAGCAACUAGCUGUCCAGUAAUGAGUUGUUAAACAUUUUGUUCUUGUCAUUCGUCGAGUGUUAUGGCUGCAGUUGCAUUCAUGGUCCAAGCCCCUCAAUGUGGUGAAUAGCCUUCAUCAUGACAUGCAGUGACAUCUUUGAAGCUGUUGAUCUCUCACCUUAACAAAAGUCUGGAGUGGUGCAUAAUUUUCCCCUGUUCUGUUUAUUUUCCAAGAAUAUGCAUUCAAGGCUAUCAACCAAGGUGGCCUUACCUCAGUAGCUAUCCGAGGACAAGACUGUGCAGUUGUCGUCACACAGAAGAAAGUUCCAGUAAGAACACCCUUCAUGACUAUUUCAGUACUCAGUUAUCAAUAUGGCUAUGUGAUGUAAUCAGAUGUACUCUUCAAUCUCUCCCAUAGGACAAGCUUCUUGAUGCAUCCACAGUCACACACUUAUUCAGAAUCACUGAAAACAUUGGCUGUGUCAUGUCUGGAAUGACGGGUAAGAAACGUGUUAAUGUUGAAAUAUCCAAUACACAAUCAACCUUAUGAAAUGUAUUACUUAAUGUAUGUUAUAAUGACUAAUCGUGACCGAUUCAUUUGUGUUCAGCUGACAGCAAGUCCCAAGUCCAGAGGGCUCGUUACGAGGCAGCCAACUGGAAGUACAAGUACGGUUAUGAGAUCCCAGUGGACAUGCUGUGUAAGAGGAUGGCUGACAUCUCUCAGGUGUACACACAGAACGCUGAGAUGAGACCUCUUGGUUGCUGUAAGUGUUACAAAAUUGUCAAAAACAACAAAAGACACCAGUGUAGCUGAGAAGUUUCAAGAUACAGUGGGGAAAAAAAGUAUUUAGUCGCCACCAAUUUGUGCAUUUUCUCCACUUAAAAAGAUGAGAGAGGCCUGUAAUUUUCAUCAUAGGUACACGUCAAACUCUGAACCGACAAAUUGAGAAAAAAAUCCAGAAAAUCCCAUUGUAUGAUUUUAAUGAAUUUAUUUGCAAAUUAUGGUGGAAAAUAAGUAUCUUGGUCACCUACAAACAAGCAAGAUUUCUGGCUCUCACAGACCUGUAACUUCUUCUUUAAGAGGCUCCUCUGUCCUCCACUCGUUACCUGUAUUAAUGGCACCUGUUUGAACUUGUUAUCAGUAUAAAAGACACCUGUCCACAACCUCAAACAGUCACACUCCAAACUCCACUUUGGCCAAGACCAAAGAGUUGUCAAAGGACACCAAAAACAAAAUUGUAGACCUGCACCAGGCUGGGAAGACUGAAUCUGCAAUAGGUAAGCAGCUUGGUUUGAAGAAAUCAACUGUGGGAGCAAUUAUUAGGAAAUGGAAGACAUACAAGACCACUGAUAAUCUCCCUCGAUCUGGGGCUCCACGCAAGAUCUCACCCCGUGGGGUCAAAAUGAUCACAAGAACGGUGAGCAAAAAUCCCAGAACCACACGGGGGGACCUAGUGAAUGACCUGCAGAGAGCUGGGACCAAAGUAACAAAGCCAACCAUCAGUAACACACUACGCCGCCAGGGACUCAAAUCCUGCAGUGCAAGACGUGUCCCCCUGCUUAAGCCAGUACAUGUCCAGGCCCGUCUGAAGUGCAUUUGGAUGAUCCAGAAGAGGAUUGGGAGAAUGUCAUAUGGUCAGAUGAAACCAAAAUAUAAUUUUUUGGUAAAAACUCAACUCGUCAUGUUUGGAGGACAAAGAAUGCUGAGUUGCAUCCAAAGAACACCAUACCUACUGUGAAGCAUGGGGUUGGAAACAUCAUGCUUUGGGGCUGUUUUUCUGCAAAGGGACCAGGACGACUGAUCCGUGUAAAGGAAAGAAUGAAUGGGGCCAUGUAUCGUGAGAUUUUGAGUGAAACCCUCCUUCCAUCAGCAAGGGCAUUGAAGAUGAAACGUGGCUGGGUCUUUCAGCAUGACAAUGAUCCCAAACACACCGCCCGGGCAACGAAGGAGUGGCUUCGUAAGAAGCAUUUCAAGGUCCUGGAGUGGCCUAGCCAGUCUCCAGAUCUCGACCCCAUAGAAAAUCUUUGGAGGGAGUUGAAAGUCUGUGUUGCCCAGCGACAGCCCCAAAACAUCACUGCUCUAGAGGAGAUCUGCAUGGAGGAAUGGGCCAAAAUACCAGCAACAGUGUGUGAAAACCUUGUGAAGACUUACAGAAAACGUUUGACCUGUGUCAUUGCCAACAAAGGGUAUAUAACAAAGUAUUGAGAAACUUUUGUUAUUGGCCAAAUACUUAUUUUCCACCAUCAUAUGCCAAUAAAUUCAUUAAAAAUCCUACAAUGUGAUUUUCUGGAUUUUUUUUCCUCAUUUUGUCUGUCAUAGUUGACGUGUACCUAUGAUGAAAAUUACAGUCCUCUCUCAUCUUUUUAAGUGGGAGAACUUGCACAAUUGGUGGCUGACUAAAUACUUUUUUUCCCCACUGUAUAUAUAUAUUUAAGAAAAGUUUUGGCCUUUGGUCUCACUCAAUGCAUAUUUUUUGUUAAUUAUUGUUGCAGGCAUGAUAGUGAUUGGUGUGGAUGAGGAGUGGGGUCCCCAGGUGUUUAAGUGUGACCCUGCAGGAUACUACUGUGGCUUCAAGGCCACCGCUGCUGGGGUCAAACAGACAGAGGCCACCAGCUUCUUGGAGAAAAAGGUCAAGAAGAAACUGGACUGGACGUUCGCACAAACAAUCGAGGUAAAAUACCAUACCCAUUGACAUAAAAAAGAUUGCAAACUAAAUCAGCAAGCUAGUCCCCAUUUGAAUGACAUUGUACUUUGAGUUUCAUCCUCUUCUGUUUACAGACGGCGAUAACUUGUCUGUCUACGGUGCUGUCCAUUGACUUCAAGCCCUCCGAGCUAGAGAUCGGUGUCAUUACAAUAGAAGACCCUAAAUUCAGGUGAGUCUCCAAGGGAAUUGUUUAAUAGUGAUGGAACUUGUCAAAUGUUGGUGCAAAAAAGAACAGGAUGUUUUAUUGUAACUAUAAAGUUUAGAUCUCCCAGACAUCACAAACAUGCAAUCUGAAAUCUUAUCCUUUAUUUUCUUAAAUAGUUUUAUUUAUUGUGUAAACACACUGUGGACAUAACGCCGUUCUGUCCAAAACCUCUUUAUAACAGAGUUUCUAAACCCAGCGGCCCAACGUUGCGAUACUUCCGGGAAUGCUUGCGAAUUCUUCCUUAGUUGUUAAUUUUCUACAUUUCUAAAGGCACUACCUACAGUCGUGGUCAAAAGUUUUGUGAAUGACACAAGCAUUGGUCUUCACAAAGUUUGCUGCUUCAGUGUUUUUAGAUAUUUUUGUCAGAUGUUACUAUGGUAUACUGAAGUAUAAUUAUAAGUGUCAAAGGCUUUUAUUGACAAUUACAUUAAGUUUAUGCAAAGAGUCAAUAUUUGCAGUGUUGACCUUUCUUUUCAAGACCUCUGCAAUCCGCCCUGGCAUGCUGUCAAUUAACUUCUGGGCCACAUCCUGACUGAUGGCAGCCCAUUCUUGCGUAAUCAAUGCUUGGAGUUUGUCAGAAUUUGUGGGUUUUUGUUUGUCCACCCGCCUCUUGAGGAUUGACCACAAGUUCUCAAUGAGAUUAAGGUCUGGGGAGUUUCCUGACCAUGGACCCAAAAUGUCGAUGUUUUGUUCCCCGAGCCACUUAGUUAUCACUUUUGCCUUAUGGCAAGGUGCUCCAUCAUGCUGGAAAAGGCAUUGUUCGUCACCAAACUGUUCUUGGAUGGUUGGGAGAAGUUGCUCUCGGAGGAUGUGUUGGUACCAUUCUUUAUUCAUGGCUGUGUUCUUAGGCAAACUUGUGAGUGAGCCCACUCCCUUGGCUGAGAAGCAACCCCACACAUUAAUGGUUUCAGGAUGCUUUACUGUUGGCAUGACACAGGACUGAUGGUAGCACUCACCUUGUCUUCUCCGGACAAGCUUUUUUCCGGAUGCCCCAAACAAUCGGAAAGGGGAUUCAUCAGAGAAAAUGACUUUACCCCAGUCCUCAGCAGUCCAAUCCCUGUACCUUUUACAGAAUAUCAGUCUGUUCCUGAUGUUUUUCCUGGAGAGAAGUGGCUUCCUCGCUGCCCUCUUUGACACCAGGCCAUCCUCCAAAAGUCUUUGCCUCACUGUGCGUGCAGAUGCACUCACACCUGCCUGCUGCCAUUCCUGAGCAAGUUCUGCACUGGUGGUGCCCCGAUCCCGCAGCUGAAUCAACUUUAGGAGACGGUCCUGGUGCUUGCUGGACUUUCUUGGGCGCCCUGAAGCCUUCUUCACAACAAUUGAACCUCUCUCCUUGAAGUUAUUGAUGAUCCGAUAAAUGGUUGAUUUAUGUGCAAUCUUACUAGCAGCAAUAUCCUUGCCUGUGAAGCCCUUUUUGUGCAAAGCAAUGAUGACGGCACGUGUUUCCUUGCAGGUAACUAGGGUUAACAGAGGAAGAACAAUGAUUUCAAGCACCACCCUCCUUUUAAAGCUUCCAGUCUGUUAUUCUAACUUAAUCAGCAUGACAGAGUGAUCUCCAGCCUUGUCCUCGUCAACACUCUCACCUGUGUUAACGAGAGAAUCACUGACAUGAUGUCAGCUGGUCCUUUUGUGGCAGGGCUGAAAUGCAGUGGAAAUGUUUUUUGGGGAUUAAGUUCAUUUUCAUGGCAAAGAGGGACUUUGCAAUUAAUUGCAAUUCGUCUGAUCACUCUCCAUAACAUUCUGGAGUAUAUGCAAAUUGCCAUCAUAAAAACUGAGACAGCAGACUUUGUGAAAAUUAAUAUUUGUGUCAUUCUCAACUUUUGAUCACGACUAUAGAUUCAAGCCAGUGUUUUAAGUAGCUGAAUGUCAUUACUACAACAUUGUGAAAGUGUCACAGUGACACUUUUUAAUUUGUCAAAAAACUGCUUGACAUCAGCAUGACAUCUCCUACAAGCUUGAUCGAGGAUUUCUAUUGGAGAAGCAGUUUCUACAUAUCUACAUACUAAACCAUCUUUGGCGAUAUGUAUAAAGGACCAGGCAUCCGCAGUCAGUACUUGUGUUCUUAUAUAUCUCUCUCUCUUUGCAGGAUCCUGACAGAGACUGAAAUCGAUGUCCACCUUGUGUCCCUGUCAGAGCGAGAUUGAGUGUUUCCUUGUGUUCCAGACUAGAGGGGAGACUACCCUAGAGAGAUGACAGAGAGCACUACCACAGAUCUUCAGAACGAAAGCCCUGACUUGCUGUACAUUUACGCUGUUCAAUUAAAGAUAAUGUUUUCGAGGAACUGACAUUUUGGUAGGUUUUCUUUUCCCUUAUACAGUGGCUUGCGAAACUAUUCACCCCCCUUGGCAUUUUUCCUAAUUUGUUGCCUUACAACCUGGAAUUAAAAUUGAUUUGUAUCAUUUGAUUUACACAACAUGCCUACCACUUUGAAGAUGCAAAAAAUUUUUUUUUUGUGAAACAAGACAAAAAAACUGAACUUGAGUGUGCAUAACUAUUCACCCCCCCCCCCCCCCCCCCAAAGUCAAUACUUUGUAGAGCCACCUUUUGCAGCAAUUACAGCUGCAAGUCUCUUGGGAUAUGUCUCUAUAAGCUUGGCACAUCUAGCCACUGGGAUUAUUGCCCAUUGUUCAAGGCAAAACUGCUCCAGCUCCUUCAAGUUGGAUGGGUUCCGCUGGUGUACAGCAAUCUUUAAGUCAUACCACAGAUUCUCAAUUGGAUUGAGGUCUGGGCUUUGACUAGGCCAUUCCAAGACAUUUAAUUGUUUCCCCUUAAACCACUCAAGUGUUGCUUUAGCAGUAUGCUUAGGGUCAUUGUCCUGCUGGAAGGUGAACCUCCGUCCCAGUCUCAAAUCUCUGGAAGACUGAAACAGGUUUCCCUCAAGAAUUUCCCUGUAUUUAGCGGCAUCCAUCAUUCCUUCAAUUCUGACCAGUUUCCCAGUCCCUGACGAUGAAAAACAUCACCACAGCAUGAUGCUGCCACCACCAUGCUUCACUGUGGGGAUGGUGUUCUCGGGUGAUGAGAGGUGUUGGGUUUGCGCCAGACAUAGCGUUUUCCUUGAUGGUCAAAAAGCUCAAUUUUAGUCUCAUCUGACCAGAGAACCUUCUUCCAUAUGUUUGGGGAGUCUUCCACAUGGCUUUUGGCGAACACCAAACGUGUUUGCUUAUUUUUUUCUUUAAGCAAUGGCUUUUUUCUGGCGCCACUAAGGUAAAGCCCAGCUCUGUGGAGUGUACUGCUUAAAGUGGUCCUAUGGACAGAUACUCCAAUCUCUGCUGUGGAGCUUUGCAGCUCCUUCAGGGUUAUCUUUGGUCUCUUUGUUGCCUCUGAUUGCCUGGUCUGUGAGUUUGGGUGGGCGGCCCUCUCUUGGCAGGUUUGUUGUGGUGCCAUAUUCUUUCAAUUUUUUAAUAAUGGAUUUAAUGGUGCUCCGUGGGAUGUUCAAAGUUUCUGAUAUUUUUUUAUAACCCAACCCUGAUCUGUACUUCUCCACAACUUUGUCCCUGACCUGUUUGGAGAGCUCCUCGGUCUACAUGGUGCCGCUUGCUUGUUGGUGCCCCUUGCUUAGUGGUGUUGCAGACUCUGGGGCCUUUCAGAACAGGUGUGUAUAUAUAUUGACAUCAUGUGGCACUUAGAUUGCACACGUGGACUUUAUUUAACUAAUUAUGUGACUUCUGAAGGUAAUUGGUUGCACCAGAUCUUAUUUAGGGGCUUCAUAGCAAAGGGGGUGAAUACAUAUGCAUGCACCACUUUUCCGUUAUUUAUCUUUUCGAAUUUUUUUGAAACAAGUUAUUUUUUUCAUUUCACUUCACCAAUUUUGACUAUUUUGUGUAUGUCCAUUACAUGAAAUCUAAAUAAAAAUAAAUUUAAAAUACAGGUUGUAAUGCAACAAAAUAGGAAAAACGCCAAGGGGGAAGAAUACUUUUGCACAGUUUGGAAGAUGUAAUAGCGGGUGCAGCAAAUUUUUUACAUUUACAUUUUAGUCAUUUAGCAGACGCUCUUAUCCAGAGCGACUUACAGUUAGUGAAUACAAGGUUAUUUUAUUUUAUUUUUUAUUUUAUUUUUUUAUACUGGCCCCCCAUGGGAAUCGAACCCACAACCCUGGCGUUGCAAACGCCAUGCUCUAUCAACUGAGCUACAUCCCUGCCGGCCAUUCCCUCCCUUACCCUGGACGACGCUGGGCCAAUUGUGCGCCGCCCAUGAGUCUCCCGGUCGCGGCCGGCUGCGACAGAGCCUGGAUUCGAACCAGGAUCUCUAGUGGCACAGUUAGCACUGCGAUGCAGUGCCUUAGACCACUGCACCACUCAAAUGAUUGCUACUAGCUCCUAUCAGUGCAGCACAAAUGUCAAACAAGUACACAAAUAAUAAUAAUAAAACACUAGAAACUAAAAAAUAUAUAUACACCAAAGAUAUAUACUUAAGAAUGAUAUGGAAUACAUUACUCAAUUAUUAUGGUGGGAGAUACCUCAAUGGAACAUAAAGUAAAUCACACUACAAAUUAUCACCUUCAUGCACUUAAGGAAAUUACAAAUAUUAUGGAUAAAUUGGAACUAGUAGAUAUAUGGAGGCUUAAAUAUCCUGACCUAAUGAGAUAUACUUGGCGGAGCCUAAAUCAAGCUAGUAGUCUUAACUACUUUCUGAUGUCAUUUUCACCAUGAUAGGAGACAGAAUGCGGUCGGACCAUCAAAUAAUUGGUAUACACAUUACUCUUAAAGAAUUUCCAUGAGGGCGAGGAUUUUGGAAAUGUAAUCAAAGCCUACUGGAUGGCAACUUGUUUUUAACCAAGACAGAAUAAUUUAUAACUGACUUUUUCCUACAUAACAUAGGUACAGCAGAUCCCCCUUAUUGUAUGGGACCCUUUUAAAUGUGCCUUUAGAGGCCAUGCAAUUCAAUGCUCAUAUAUAAAACUAAAACAAUUUAGUUCAAAAGAGUGUCUCUUAAAAAAGGAAAUAGAGGAACUAACAGUACAGAUAUAAAUAAAAACUGUAACAGAGGCACAGAAUAUACUACAUUACCAAAAGUAUGUGGACACCUGCUCAUCCAACAUCUCAUUCCAAAAUCAUGGGCAUUAAUAUGGAGUUGGUCCCCCUUGGCUGCUAUAACAGCCUCCACCCUUCUGGGAAGGCUUACCACUAGAUGUUGGAACAUUGCUGUGGGGACUUGCUUCCAUUCAGCAACAAGAACAUUAGUGAGGUCAGGCACUGAUGUUCGGCGAUUAGGCCUGGCUCGCAGUCGGCGUUUCAAUUCAUCCCAAAGGUGUUCGAUGGGGUUGAGGUCAGGGAUCUGUGCAGGCCAGUCAAGUUCUUCCACACCGAUCUCGACAAACCAUUUCUGUAUGGACCUCGCAUUGUGCACGGUGGCAUUGUCAUGCUGAAACAGGAAAGGACCUUCCCCAAACUGUUGCCACAAAGUUGGAAGCACAGAUUCGUCUAGAAUGUAAUUGUAUGCUGUAGCGUUAAGAUUCCCCUUCACUGGAACUAAAGGGCCUAGUCCGAACAAUUAAAAACAACCCCAGACCAUUAUUCCUCUUCCACCAAACUUUACAGUUGACACUAUGCAUUCGGGCAGGUAGCGUUCUCCUGGCAUCCGCCAAAUCCGGAUUCCUCAGUCGGACUGCCAGAUGGUGAAGCGUCAUUCAUCACUCCAGAGAACGCGUUUCCACUGCUUCAGAGUGCAAUGGCGGCGUGCUUUACACCAAUCCAGCCGACGCUUGGCAUUGCGCAUGGGGAUCUUAGGCUUGUGUGCAGCUGCUCAGUCAUGGAAACCCAUUUCAUUAAGCUCCCGACUAACAGUUAUUGUGCUGACAUUGCUUCCAGAGGCAGUUUGGAACUCGGUAGUGAGUGUUGCAGACGAUUUUUACGCGCUUCAGCACUCAUUCUGUGAGCUUGUGUGGCCUACCACUUCGCGACUGAACCGUUGUUGCUCCUAGACGUUUCCACUUCACAAUAACAGCACUUAUAGUUGACCGGGGCAGCUCUAGCAGGGCAGAAAUCUGACAAACUGACUUGUUGGAAAGGUGGCAUCCUAUGACGGUGCCAUGUUGAAAGUCACUGAGCUCUUCAGUAAGGCCAUUGUACUGCCAAUGUUUGUCUAUGGAGAUUGCAUGGCUGUGUGCUCGAUUUUAUACACCUGUCAGCAACGGGUGUCGCUGAAAUAGACAAAUCCACUAAUUUGAAGGGGUUUCCACAUACCUUUGUAUAUAUAGUGUAAGUUAGAGGAAAAACUAUUCAAGAAAGAUCAAGUGUAAUAUAUUAUAAAAAUAAAGCAAACUGGAUGGAAUAUGGAGGAAAAUGCAUCAAAUUAUUUAUAUUUUUACAUAGAAAUGCUACCAAAAAGAAUUUACAGAAACUUGUCAUCCAUGAUUCACCAAACGAUAUUUUGAAAGAGAAAGCAAAGUACUUUAAGCAUAUGUUUUCAUUUCAGUCUCCUCCAUCUCCACCAACGGAAGUUAAUUGUAAGGAUUUAUUUUCUAUUAAUAGUGUAAAAUUAACAGCAAUACAGAAAUACUCAAGUGAAAGCCUAAUUACAGAGGAGGAACUUCCAGAUGCAAUUAAAGCCUUAAAUUCUGGGAAAACUCCAAGGCUUGAUGGCAUACCAAUUGAGGUAUAUCAAAUAUUUUCCUACGUACUGAAAGAUCCGUUAUUAACAUGUUUUAACCACUCCUAUAAAAAUGGUAGACAAUCAAAUAUUUAGCAAGUAGCUCUAAUUUCGCUAUUACUGAAACAGGACCCAGGUUGUAAAUAUAAAGAUCCAGUCCACCUAAAAAACUGGAGACCCCUUACACUUCAGUGUUGUGAUGCCAAAAUCCUAGCAAAAUGCAUAGCGCAUAGAAUUAGAAAGGUAUUGUCGGAUAUUAUUCAUCCUAAUCAGACAGGUUUUUUAUAGCUGGUAUUCAUAGCUGACUUUGAAAAGGCCUUUGAUAAAGUAUGACUGGAGUUUAUAAAUAAAUGCUUGGACUAUUUUAAUUUAGGAGAAUCUCUUAUACAAUGGGUUAAAGAUAUGUAUAGUAACCCCAGGUGUAAAAUAGUAAAUAAUGGCUACUUCUCAGAAAUAAUUAAAUUGUCAAGAGGAGUAAAACAAGGUUGUCCACUAUCGGCAUAUCUAUUUAUUAUGGCCAUCGAAAUGUUAACUAUUAAAAUCAGAUCCAACAAUAAUAUCAAGGGGCUAGAAAUCCAGGGCUUAAAAACAAAGGUGUCAUUGUAGGCUGACGAUUAAUGUUUUCUUUUAAAUUCACAAUUUGGAUCCCUGCACAGCCUCGGAGCAUCAAGAUAAUUUUUCUAACCUCUCUGGAUUAAAACUGAAUUAUGGUAAGUGCACCAUAUUACGUAUUGCAUCGCUAAAAAAUACAACUUUUACAUUACCGUGUAACUUUACCAAUAAAAUGGCCCGACGGUGAAGUGGACAUACUCGGUAUUCAUAUCCCGAAAUAAAUAAAUCAUCUCACUACAAUACAUUUUAAUAGAAAGAUAGCCACAUGUCUAUUUGUGAAAAAAUCACCCUGAUUAAUUAUUUUGUCAUAUCCCAGUUUACCUAUUUACUUAUGGCCCUGCCUACACCUAACAAUGUGUUUUUUAAAUGAAAUUAGCAAAAAGUAUUCCACUUUAUUUGAAAUUGCAAGCAAGACAAAAUUAACGGGCCUAUUUAUAUAAUGAAUAUGAAUUCGGAGGGCAGAAAUUAUUAAAUAUCAAAGCAUUGGAUCUCUCACUAAAGGCUUAAGUUAUACACAUACUUAAAUCCAAACUGGUUCUCUAGCAGAUUAGUAAGAAUGGCUCACCCCGUGUUCAAGAAUGGCCUUUUUCCCUUCAUUCAGAUUACAACCUCUCACUUUCGGUUAUUUGAAAAUGAAAUGAAAAUUAUCUCCAAAAUAUCCCUAUUUUGAAACAUGCCAUAGAAAGCUGGUUGCAAUUUCAGUUUAAUCUACCAGAAAAGACAGAACAAAUAAUAGAACAUAUAUUAUGGUUAAACUCAAAUAUACUAAUUGAUUUAAAAAACGGUAUGAUCUUUGUAAAUUACAUCAUAAAUAGGACUGGUGGAGUUAUGUCACAUUUGCAAUUAACAAAGAUAUAUGGAAAUGUCUGCACUAUCCAAAGUUACAACCAACUGAUUGCAGCAUUACCGCAAAGAUGGAGGAGGCAAGUGAAAAUGGGAGAAGGUAAGGAACUUUUCUUAAAGACCAAAAUUGGUUAAAGAAAAUUGUGAUAAAGUAUACCAGUUUCAUUUAAGGACCAAAAAAUUCACAGCUGCAAAAUAGUUGGGAGGAGAUUUUCGAUGUACUGAUUUCAUGGCACAUGGUUUAUGAACUGAUACACAAAAUGAUGCCGGAUUCAAAACUAAAUUUUUCAAUUUAAAUGAUUAUACAAAAUUCUUGCCUCCCAAUAGAAUGUUAUAUACUGUAUAUGGGGGAUACAACCUUUCCAGCUCUGCGAAGAGACAGAAUCAUUAGUUCACUUAUUUUGGUACUGCCCAUAUGUAGCUUGUUUUGGGUCACAGGUUCAGGAAUGGCAAAUAAAUUGCAACAUUUACUUGGAGCUAACUCUGCAAAUAGCAGUGCUGGGUGAUUUGAAAAGUAAUAGUCCAUCGAUCAAUAAUAUAAUAAUACUCUUAGCAAAAAUGUUUCUUUAAUUUACAAUCUGUAGAAACUAUGAGAAUAGAAAGGUUGAGAACUUUUGUGAAACAGCACAGUAGAAAUAUAUAUAUAUAUAUAUGGCAGCUAGAAAUCAAAACUGGAUGGCCUUCAGAGAUAGAUGGGACGGGUUGAGGGUAGCUGAAGGCUGGGACUAAAGACAAAGUGCAUUUUGUUACGUUACAGCCUUAUUCUAAAAUGGAUUCAGUUGCUUUUUUCCCCCCUCAUCAAUCUACACACAAUACCCCAUAAUGACAAAGAGAAAAAACAGAAAUACCUUUACAUACAGUGGGGGGAAAAAGUAUUUAGUCAGCCACCAAUUGUGCAAGUUCUCCCACUUAAAAAGAUGAGAGAGGCCUGUAAUUUUCAUCAUAGGUACACGUCAACUAUGACAGACAAAUUGAGAAAAAAAAAUCCAAAAAAUCACAUUGAAGUUUGCUAGAGUGCAUUUGGAUGAUCCAGAAGAGGAUUGGGAGAAUGUCAUAUGAAACCAAAAUAGAACUUUUUGGUAAAAACUCAACUCGUCAUGUUUGGAGGACAAAGAAUGCUGAGUUGCAUCCAAAGAACACCAUACCUACUGUGAAGCAUGGGGGUGGAAACAUCAUGCUUUGGGGCUGUUUUUCUGCAAAGGGACCAGGACGACUGAUCCGUGUAAAGGAAAGAAUGAAUGGGGCCAUGUAUCAUGAGAUUUUGAGUGAAAACCUCCUUCCAUCAGCAAGGGCAUUGAAGAUGAAACGUGGCUGGGUCUUUCAGCAUGACAAUGAUCCCAAACACACCGCCCGGGCAACGAAGGAGUGGCUUCGUACGAAGCAUUUCAAGGUCCUGGAGUGGCCUAGCCAGUCUCCAGAUCUCAACCCCAUAGAAAAUCUUUGGAGGGAGUUGAAAGUCAGUGUUGCCCAGCGACAGCCCCAAAACAUCACUGCUCUAGAGGAGAUCUGCAUGGAGGAAUGGGCCAAAAUACCAGCAACAGUGUGUGAAAACCUUGUGAAGACUUACAGAAAACGUUUGACCUGUGUCAUUGCCAACAAAGGGUAUAUAACAAAGUAUUGAGAAACUUUUGUUAUUGACCAAAUACUUAUUUUCCACCAUAAUUUGCAAAUAAAUUCAUAAAAAAUCCUACAAUGUGAUUUUCUGUUUUUUUUUUCCUCAUUUUGUCUGUCCUAGUUGACUUGUACCUAUGAUGAAAAUUACAGGCCUCUCUCAUCUUUUUAAGUGGGAGAACUUGCACAAUUGGUGGCUGACUAAAUACUUUUUUUCCCCACUGUAUAUAAUGAAUAUGAAUUCGGAGGGCAGAAAUUAUUAAAUAUCAAAGCAUUGGAUCUCUCACUAAAGGCUUAAGUUAUACACAUACUUAAAUCCAAACUGGUUCUCUAGCAGAUUAGUAAGAAUGGCUCACCCCGUGUUCAAGAAUGGCCUUUUUCCCUUCAUUCAGAUUACAACCUCUCACUUUCGGUUAUUUGAAAAUGAAAUGAAAAUUAUCUCCAAAAUAUCCCUAUUUUGAAACAAGCCAUAGAAAGCUGGUUGCAAUUUCAGUUUAAUCUACCAGAAAAGACAGAACAAAUAAUAGAACAUAUAUUAUGGUUAAACUCAAAUAUACUAAUUGAUUUAAAAAACGGUAUGAUCUUUGUAAAUUACAUCAUAAAUAGGACUGGUGGAGUUAUGUCACAUUUGCAAUUAACAAAGAUAUAUGGAAAUGUCUGCACUAUCCAAAGUUACAACCAACUGAUUGCAGCAUUACCGCAAAGAUGGAGGAGGCAAGUGAAAAUGGGAGAAGGUAAGGAACUUUUCUUAAAGACCAAAAUUGGUUAAAGAAAAUUGUGAUAAAGUAUACCAGUUUCAUUUAAGGACCAAAAAAUUCACAGCUGCAAAAUAGUUGGGAGGAGAUUUUCGAUGUACUGAUUUCAUGGCACAUGGUUUAUGAACUGAUACACAAAAUGAUGCCGGAUUCAAAACUAAAUUUUUCAAUUUAAAUGAUUAUACAAAAUUCUUGCCUCCCAAUAGAAUGUUAUAUACUGUAUAUGGGGGAUACAACCUUCCCAGCUCUGCGAAGAGACAGAAUCAUUAGUUCACUUAUUUUGGUACUGCCCAUAUGUAGCUUGUUUUGGGUCACAGGUUCAGGAAUGGCAAAAACAUUGCAACAUUUACUUGGAGCUAACUCUGCUAAUAGCAGUGCUGGGUGAUUUGAAAAGUCAUAGUCCAUCGAUCAAUAAUAUAAUAAUACUCUUAGCAAAAAUGUUUCUUUAAUUUACAAUCUGUAGAAACUAUGAGAAUAGAAAGGUUGAGAACUUUUGUGAAACAGCACAGUAGAAAUAUAUAUAUAUAUAUAUGGCAGCUAGAAAUCAAAACUGGAUGGCCUUCAGAGAUAGAUGGGACGGGUUGAGGGUAGCUGAAGGCUGGGACUAAAGACAAAGUGCAUUUUGUUACGUUACAGCCUUAUUCUAAAAUGGAUUCAGUUGCUUUUUUCCCCCCUCAUCAAUCUACACACAAUACCCCAUAAUGACAAAGAGAAAAAACAGAAAUACCUUUACAUACAGUGGGGGGGAAAAAGUAUUUAGUCAGCCACCAAUUGUGCAAGUUCUCCCACUUAAAAAGAUGAGAGAGGCCUGUAAUUUUCAUCAUAGGUACACGUCAACUAUGACAGACAAAUUGAGAAAAGAAAAUUCAGAAAAUCACAUUGUAGGAUUUUUAAUGAAUUUGCAAAUUAUGGUGGAAAAUAAGUCUUUGGUCACCUACAAACAAGCAAGAUUUCUGGCUCUCACAGACCUGUAACUUCUUCUUUAAGAGGCUCCUCUGUCCUCCACUCGUUACCUGUAUUAAUGGCACCUGUUUGAACUUGUUAUCAGUAUAAAAGACACCUGUCCACAACCUCAAACAGUCACACUCCAAACUCCACUAUGGCCAAGACCAAAGAGCUGUCAAAGGACACCAGAAACAAAAUUGUAGACCUGCACCAGACUGGGAAGACUGAAUCUGCAAUAGGUAAGCAGCUUGGUUUGAAGAAAUCAACUGUGGGAGCAAUUAUUAGGAAAUGGAAGACAUACAAGACCACUGAUAAUCUCCCUCGAUCUGGGGCUCCAUGCAAGAUCUCACCCCGUGGGGUCAAAAUGAUCACAAGAACGGUGAGCAAAAAUCCCAGAACCACACAGGGGGACCUAGUGAAUGACCUGCAGAGAGCUGGGACCAAAGUAACAAAGCCUACCAUCAGUAACACACUACGCCGCCAGGGACUCAAAUCCUGCAGUGCCAGACGUGUCCCCCUGCUUAAGCCAGUACAUGUCCAGGCCCGUCUGAAGUUUGCUAGAGUGCAUUUGGAUGAUCCAGAAGAGGAUUGGGAGAAUGUCAUAUGGUCAGAUGAAACCAAAAUAGAACUUUUUGGUAAAAACUCAACUCAUCGUGUUUGGAGGACAAAGAAUGCUGAGUUGCAUCCAAAGAACACCAUACCUACUGUGAAGCAUGGGGGUGGAAACAUCAUGCUUUGGGGCUGUUUUUCUGCAAAGGGACCAGGACGACUGAUCCGUGUAAAGGAAAGAAUGAAUGGGGCCAUGUAUCGUGAGAUUUUGAGUGAAAACCUCCUUCCAUCAGCAAGGGCAUUGAAGAUGAAACGUGGCUGGGUCUUUAAGCAUGACAAUGAUCCCAAACACACCGCCCGGGCAACGAAGGAGUGGCUUCGUAAGAAGCAUUUCAAGGUCCUGGAGUGGCCUAGCCAGUCUCCAGAUCUCAACCUCAUAGAAAAUCUUUGGAGGGAGUUGAAAGUCCGUGUUGCCCAGCGACAGCCCCAAAACAUCACUGCUCUAGAGGAGAUCUGCAUGGAGGAAUGGGCCAAAAUACCAGCAACAGUGUGUGAAAACCUUGUGAAGACUUACAGAAAACGUUUGACCUGUGUCAUUGCCAACAAAGGGUAUAUAACAAAGUAUUGAGAAACUUUUCUUAUUGACCAAAUACUUAUUUUCCACCAUAAUUUGCAAAUAAAUUCAUAGAAAAUCCUACAAUGUGAUUUUCUGGAUUUUUUUUCUUCUCAAUUUGUCUGUCAUAGUUGACGUGUACCUAUGAUGAAAAUUACAGGCCUCUCAUCUUUUUAAGUGGGAGAACUUGCACAAUUGGUGGCUGACUAAAUACUUUUUUUCCCCACUGUAAGUAUUCAGACCCUUUUCUAUGAGACUCGAAAUUGAGCUCAGGUGCAUCCUGUUUCCAGUCUUGGUGGUUCCAAAGUUCUUCCAUUUAAGAAUGAUGAAGGCCACUGUGUUCUUGGGGACCUUCAAUGCUGCAGACAUUUUAUGGCACCCUUCCCCAGAUCUGUGCCUUGACACAAUCCUGUCUCAGAGCUCUACGGACAAUUCCUUCGACCUCAUGGCUUGGUUUUUGCUCUGACAUGCACUGUCAACUAUGGGACCUUAUAUAGACAGGUGUGUGCCUUUCCAAAUCAUGUCCAAUCAAUUGGAAUUUACCACAAGUGGACUCCAAUCAAAUUGUAGAAACAGCUCAAGGAUUAUCAAUGGAAACAAGAUGCACCUGAGCUCAAUUUCGAGUCUCAUAGAAAAGGGUCUGAAUACUUAUGUAAAGGUAUUUGUUUUCUUUGUUUUUUUAAUAAAUUUCCUAAAAUUUCUUAACCUGUUUUCUCUUUGUCAUUAUGGGGUAUUGUGUUUAGAUUGAUGAGGGGAAAAAAUAAUUUUAUCAAUUUUCGAUUAAGGCUGUAACAUAACAAAAUGUGGAAAAAGUGAAGGGUUCUGAAUACUUUCCCCUUCAUGAAGACAGUCCGGAUUUUCCAUCCGAAGGCUUUGUCAUUUCUCCUUGUCAUGCUGAAUCAUAUGAGCCCCUCUUAUCCCCCAUUGGGACUCUUUUCUGAAAUGCCUGACUGUCCCUCUGUGUUUCCUGCUGACUUAGGGGCUUUGGGUGAGCAUGCUAUGACUAAAUAAUUUGCCUUCACUUGCAGAGGUUUCUUUGAGAAUACACCACUGAAAAGUAGAGCGACAGGGCAAAAUUACUCAUCUUUUUAGUAUAAACACUAGUAGCUCUAUGGUAGAAUCCCGUGAGCUUUUUAGCUUGUACAACCACACGGGCACUAGUCUCAGAUUUCUAGUAGUCUGUACAUUUCUGGCAGACUGUUUGUACAAACACGCAGUUAAUCAUAGUUAUGCUGUAUAUUCCUCAUCACAUUACCUUUCUUAAUUAUCACAAUGUACUUUGGAGAAUCCCUUCUUCUUCUGACUAAUUCUAAGUGAGGAAUUCUGUGAAGUUCCUCAUGUCUGGAAUGCCGUGUCCGGGAACUAUGACUUCCCAGCGGAAUUUUCACCGCUGCCCGUCUUGGCCCCACCCUUACAAGAAAUCCCAGUGUACUCAGCUAUAACAAUAUAGAUACAGACCUAUACAAGUCUAUGGAUAGAUGUUACGGCUCACAUGCCUGCGACUCAUUCACAAGCUUGAUAAACCAGCAUCUUGACACUUGGAGUCUCUUAUUCUGUUCAGGCAUUUGUGAUUUGCCAUUUUAUCUGCAUAAAAAUGAUGUGUUUGUCUUGAACACUGACCUUUCAGGAUCUGUUUGAUUUAUUUAACAUAAUUAAAUAAUUCAGUCUCAGAGAUAUAUGGUCACUUUCCAAAUAGUCCAUUGGGCAUGUUGCCUGUACUUUCAAGUAAUGGAGAAAAAAAAGCACAUUUUUUCAUCACUAUCUCCAACACUGAUGGAAAAACACCAGAAAUCAAGGCAAAGUUAAAUGUCAUGUUUUAAUUUACUGGAGUGUGUGGCUUGCUUUACCUUUCCACAAGCAAUGGAAAGCAUUUACAGUAAUGUCAAACUUUAUACAUUUACAGUUAGUUAUAAAAAAAAAUAUGUAUUUGUAUUCACAGCCAUUUACAAUAUAAUACAUGCAGAUGCUAUUACAUCAUUGGUUGGAUGUUUGCUUUGUGAUAAUGAGUAUCUUUCAUAGAGCCAUAAAGACCAUUAUUUAUUGGCAUCCAUUUUGUAUAUUUGUCAUCUUCUCAUUGGUUCACACUGUCCAUCAUCACGUCGUCAGUCCUGGGGUGUUGUACCCCAGCCUUUUGCCAUCCUCUACCUCUGAGGUUGGCACCACUGCUGGGCAUGCCACUGUACCAUUGCUAGAGCCUGUGGGCAGGAGAGGUUCUCUCUGUCUGUACUACCGUUCUCUACAGGUUCUUUGGUCUACUUCCUACUUGUGCCCAUUCCAUUGAAUGUCAUCAUACCAACAUGUUACCUGCGAAAGGAAAGGAGAAGGUGGAUUAGAGCCAAAGUUAACUUAUGACUAUCUAAAACAUCGAAUCUGCUAGGUUCACUCAUGACAUACAGCUAGAUAUGCUGAACUGUUUUCACAGCUGUUUCACUACAAAACGAUAUGGAAAAACCCUACACUACAUAAGCAAUCACACACAGUAGAGAUGCCUCACAUACACUCACAUCAGUUCAGUCACACUCACCUCUUCCUCAUCAGACUGUCCCUCUUCCUCACUGUCUUCAGACUCGCUGUCUGGCAGUUCUCUCAGCUCCUGAGCCGUCAGCUCAUACAGUUCCCUUUGGAUGGCGGCGUUCUGGCGUCCGUAGGUCAGGUGGUACGGCGUGUGACCUCCAUAGGUCAGGCUGUUGACGUUAGCCCCGUUACUGACCAGGAGCCGUACCAAGUCCAGGUUCUGUAGGUCCACAGCCAGGUGGAGAGGGCUGCGGCCAUUACACUGCUCCUGGAAUCCAAGGGACAAACAAUGCCAAAUAAGUUAAUGGGAAAUACACAGCAUUUGGGUGCUUUUUAGGAAAUGUGAAUGACAUAAUCAAAUGGACUAUUGUGAGGGUGGGGUUGAAAAAAGGCUAACUUGCUGCAUAGCCUACCUGUGCAUCGAUGUCAGCUCCUAGAGCAACAAGGCUCUCCACUAGCGAGAGAAAGCCAUGGAUAGAGACCAGAUGCAAACAGUUCUGACCUGAAACAGAGAGCAGAGGAAGACCAAUGGUCAGAGAACAGGGUAAUACUUUACAUUAAGUUGCUCUUAUACCUGUGUAAUUACUACAGUAACAUUGUUGUUACACAUUAUUUUUGUAAUUGCUUAGUUCCAGUAUGGCCACAGGUUCCCCACCAGCUGAAACAAGUAACAGAAAAUAAACUAGAAAUGUUUCAGUGUCUUACCACUGUAGUUUGGCGUGGCCAUGAUGGCUGGGAGCUGGGUAGAGCAGCCCUGGGUCUGGGUGAGGACACUGAAGCAGGUGAGCGAGCCCCUCCUACAUGCAAUGUGGAGGGCUGUAUUGCCACUGUCGUCCACUAGCAUGGGGUCACAGCCAGCCUUCAGCAGACGCUCCACUAUCUCAGCCUGCUCUGUGAUCACAGCCAGAUGGAGAGGAGUCUGUAUAGGGGAGCAGGACAGGUAUGGUUAGGAACUGGGGCCAGUAUGAAAAAAAAAAUACAUUGAAUGCACUCACUAACUGUAAGUCGCCCUGGAUAAGAGCGUCUGCUAAAUGACUAAAAUGUAAAAACAUAUAUGAGUCUCUCGCUCGACCCUCUCUCGAUCUCUCUCACACAAACACACACAUUUUACAUGUUUAGUCAUUUAGCAGACGCUCUUAUCCAGAGCGACUUACAGUUAGUGAGUGCAUACAUUUUUCAUACACACCUUGUAUUCUAUUUAUGCAUUACUGUAAUUGUGCAGGUUUUAGCUGUAUUUACCUGUCUCUGGUAGUUCUGUUGAUUGAGGAAAGGCUCAUUGCAUGACAGCUCGAUCAACUUCCUUGCACAGUCCUUGGCUUCAUGUAUAAUGGCAAGGUGGAGAAGCCUGCAUAGAAAAAAAAAUGGGGAAUUAUUAACUGCUCAGAUGACUCAUGAAUACGACAUAUAUAACGAUUAAAACAGGCAGCACUUAAAACAGGCGUCACACCCUUCCCUCAAUCUAUUUCUACUAGUGGUUGCUUGACGCACUUGCGCACGUUGCAGUUUUAUCAGGUUUCUGGCACGAGGCCCGGGACUUUCCCAGCUGGCAAAGUGUGAGCGCCGCCUUCUUUGACCCCUGGCCAUAG